AUGGAAUCCAGUUUCGGAUCCAGUUCCAGCCAAUUACGCAAGAUGAGGCGGAGCAAAGGAAGAGCGAGGUUUGUCUGUAGGCGGGGUCGGCGCAGAGACCUCAAGAUGGCAACUGCAACAAGAUAUUCUUUGCCUUAUGAACAGAUCUGGGAAGACCCUAAAGUCCGUGGUGAGGAAUGGAGGCAGAGGAUCAGGAUGAGGGUAUCAGAUUCAGCACGAAGGUGUGGUUCAUUUCACACAGAGAGGCAAGAGCUGGAAGAGCUGGGUGAGAAGGAUGUGUCCGACUUAGAGUUCCUUCCAAGUGGCCUGGAAAGAGAGGAAAGUGCACUGGAUGCCACAGAUCAGGAAACAGCGGUGUGUGAAGAAGAGAGCAGAAAAAUUUUGUGCUCUGGGUCCAACACCGCUGUGAAGAAGAGAAAGAAGAAAAGGAGACCAGUGAUAAAUCUGACCAACUGCAAGUACGAGAGUGUGCGACGGGCUGCUAUGAUGUGUGGCCUCCGGGAGGCAUCUGAAGUUGAUGAUUGGACUCUGUAUUGGACAGAUUUUUCUGUCUCACUGGAACGGGUGCUAGAAAUGAAACCUUACCAGAAAAUAAACCAUUUCCCUGGGAUGUUGGAAAUCUGUAGGAAGGAUCUUCUGGCCAGGAACAUGGGCAGGAUGCUAAAGCUUUUUCCGAAGGAAUUUAACUUCUUUCCCAGGACCUGGUGUCUUCCUGCUGACUAUGGAGAACUGCAAGCAUUUGGCAGGUCAAAAAAACACAAAACCUACAUCUGUAAGCCAGACUCUGGUUGUCAAGGCAGAGGCAUUUUUAUCACAAGAUCUGUGAAAGAUAUCAAACCUGGAGAGGAUAUGAUCUGCCAGCUCUAUAUCUCAAAGCCUUUCAUCAUUGAUGGCUUCAAAUUUGACCUUCGGAUUUAUGUGCUGGUAACAUCAUGUGAACCGCUACGGGUUUUUCUUUAUAAAGAGGGCCUUGCGCGCUUUGCGACGUCUGCCUACUCGGACCCAUCACACAGCAACUUGGACGAUGUCUGUAUGCACCUGACUAAUUAUUCAAUUAACAAGCACAGCGCUAAUUUUGUACGAGACGCAGACUCUGGUAGCAAGAGGAAGUUGUCCACCUUUAAUGAGCACAUGGAGCAGAAUGGCUAUGAAACUGAACAGAUAUGGAAGGACAUUGAAGAUGUUGUCAUUAAAACACUGAUAUCAGCCCAUCCUAUCAUCAAGCAUAACUAUCUCACUUGCUUCCCCAACCACACCAUGUGGAGUGCCUGCUUUGAGAUCCUGGGAUUUGACAUUUUACUGGAUCGAAAACUCAAACCGUGGUUGCUCGAGGUGAAUCACUCUCCAAGCUUCAGUACUGAUUCGUGGCUGGACAAAGAAGUGAAAGAUCAGCUCCUGUACGAUACUCUGGUUCUUAUCAAUUUGGGUGCAUGCGAUAAACGGAAAGUAUUGGAGGAAGAAAAACGGCGAGGAAAGCAAAGGCGUCUUAAGCAAUGCCCUAAUCGGGAAUCCAGGGCUGAGGAAUACAAGAACUCCCAGGCCACUUGGCUCCAGCAAGCGGAGAUGUAUGAGGAAAAAAAUAUAGGAGGCUAUCGCCGAAUUUACCCCAGUUCAGAUUCAGACAAUACGACAAGUUUUUUCCAACACAAUAAUUCAAUCUACCAGGAAACAGUAGCUUCCAGAGCACGUGAAGAGUUUGCCAGGCAGCAGCUCCAAGGGCUGCGUCUCAAGAAAGAACAGAAAGCAGCUCUGCCGAGAGAGAAAAAGGCCGAGCUGCAGGGAGAGUCUGGUGGAGAAAAGAUAAAGCUUCCCAGGCAGAAGAUGGUGAACAGAUCAAGUGUGGUGCCAGUCUCUGCCCAGCCUGAGGAUUGUUCAGAGUCUGGGCCUGGGACUACCCUGCUGCUUGAACAUUUUGCAGAUGAGAAAGAACCCAAGAAAGAAGUGACUUGUGAUUCUUCGAGUACCUCUCAGCGUCAGAACCAUGAGACAGACAGCAGCCCAAAGACCUCUGAAAACCUACCCGUGAGACCUUACAGUUCUGUGCCUGACCUUACCAGACAGACUGCACCCCACACCCAAGAGCAGUAUAAUUCCAAUCCAGAAUUGAGGAAUACCAUUAACAGCCACCAUUCUGCAACAGAUGUGAGCUUUAUAUCUGGACUCCAGCCAACAGAUGAGUUUGCAAAAGCGUUGUGCUGUAAGGAGAGCCCAUGUGCUUCCAAAUAUUUUCCAGCAAUGGCCCCUCCUCGUGCGAAGAGUUCGACAGUGCCCAAAAUGGCUUGCUGCAAAAGUCCACCUAUUAAGAACUUCCAUCCGUUUGGAGAACAUUCCUUCCGGUUUUACGUCAGAGAAAACACAACCUCCCCAAACUCAGUCACCCCGAGGAUGAGAACGUUCUAUGGGAACGACAAUGAAAAAAGAACCCUCUUGGCCUCCGAAUUCUUCAGCAAGCUGAAUUAUGCACCAAAGGAAAGAAAACUCAGACUUCCCUUGCAGCAGCACUCUCAUCACUUGGUCGGCCGAGCACAAAGCGCCUCGCUCCCAAGAGAAAUCCUGAGCUGUAGGAGUGCUUCGCACAAGAAGCCAACAAAAUACUGCAACCCACACCUCGUCACGCAAAAGUCAAUGGCUCAGCAGCACAGCUUGCAAGACCUGCUGGUGAUCUCGCGGGUGAACAACCAGUCCAAAAAAACCAGCAAUCCAAUGUUGGAAGAGAGUUCUGUAAACAGGGUCUGAGUGGAUCUUUCACAGAGAACAUGGGAUGGUUUCUGGAGCCCGAAAGAUGCUAUUUUCUAUUGAGGGGCAUACGGAACCAUUUAAACCGUUCAGCUAUAUCUUUUCCAAGUGCAUUCCUAUGCAGCCAGCCUUUCCAAGAGCUUCCAUGCAGCCUGUGAAAUCUGACUUGUAAAGAUAAUUGGGUCUUUUUUUAAAAA